GGCGGGGGCAGGAAGCGGCGGCGGCCCCGCGGGGCUUUUCCUCCCGCGGCCGCGGAGCCGAACGGGGCGGGCGGAGCCGCGGGGGCACCGGGCGGAGCCGCGAUGACCACGCUGACACACCGGGGCCGGCGGGCCGAGGGCCGCAGCACCGACAGGAGGGCGGAGGGCGAGGAGGAGGCGGCGGCGGACGGGGAGCUGAGCCAGGAGCACCCCGAGGACUCCAAGGACAUCCGGCUCACCCUGAUGGAGGAGGUGCUGCUCCUGGGGCUGAAGGACAAGGAGGGCUACACGUCCUUCUGGAACGACUGCAUCUCCUCGGGGCUGCGCGGAGGGAUCCUGAUCGAGCUGGCGCUGCGCGGCCGCAUCCGCCUGGAGCCGCCCGCCCUGCGGAGGAAGAGGCUGCUGGAGAGGAAGGUGCUGCUGAAGUCGGACGCUCCCACCGGGGACGUGCUGCUGGACGAGACCCUCAGGCACAUCAAGGCCACCGAGCCAGCAGAGACGGUGCAGAGCUGGAUCGAGCUGCUCACGGGAGAGACCUGGAACCCCUUCAAGCUGCAGUACCAGCUGCGCAACGUGCGGGAGCGCCUGGCCAAGGCUCUGGUGGAGAAGGGCAUCCUGACCACGGAGAAGCAGAACUUCCUCCUCUUCGACAUGACCACCCACCCCGUCAGCAACGCCUCCGAGAAGCAGCGGCUGCUGAAGAAGCUCCAGGAGAGCGUCCUGGAGCGUUGGGUCAACGAGCCCCAGCGCAUGGAGCGCAGGACUCUGGCUCUGCUGGUGCUGGCCCACGCCUCCGACGUGCUGGAGAACGUUUUUGGAAGCCUGGCCGACGACAAGUACGACGUGGCCAUGAACAGGACCAAGGACCUGCUGGAUAUGGACCCUGAGGUGGAAGCUGCCAAAGGCAAGGGCACGGAGAUGAUCUGGGCCGUGCUGGCGGCUUUCAAUAAGUCCUAAACUUCUCCUCACGUGGGGUGGUGGAGAACCUUGGUGGGUCCCAUCAUGGUGUCCCACCACAAGGUCUCCCCAGAAGGACCUGGAACUGGAAGCUGUCAAAAGCAAGGGUACAGAGAUGAUCUGGGCUCUGCUGGUGGCCUCCAAUAAGUCCUAAACUUCUCCUCACGUGGGGUGGGGGAGAUCCUUGGUGGGUCCCAUCAUGGUGUCCCACCCAGAGGUCUCUGCAGAAGGACUUGGGGCUGAAAGCUGCCACAGGCAGGGCCACGGAGAUGAUCUGGGCCGUGCUGGUGGCCUCCAAUAAGUCCUAAACUUUUCCUCACAUGAAGUGGUGGAGAACCUUGAUGGGUCCCAUCAUGGUGUCCCACCACAGGGUCUCCCCAGAAGGACUUGGGGCUGAAAGCUGCCAAAGGCAGGGCCAUGGAGAUGAUCUGGGUCGUGCUGGCGGCUUUCAAUAAGUCCUAAACUUCUCCUCACAUGGGGUGGUGGAGAACCUUGAUGGGUCCCAUCAUGGUGUCCCACCACAGGGUCUCCCCAGAAAGACUUGGAGGUGGAAGUUGCCACAGGCAGGGCCAUGGAGAUGAUCUGGGCCGUGCUGGCGGCUUUCAAUAAGUCCUAAACUUCUCCUCACGUGGGGUGGUGGAGAACCUUGGUGGGUCCCAUCAUGGUGUCCCACCACAGGGUCUCCCCAGAAGGACCUGGAAUUGGAAUCUGCCACAGGCAGGGCCAUGAAAAUGAUCUGGGCUCUGCUGGCGGCCUCCAAUAAGUUCUAAACUUCUCCUCACAUGAGGUGGUGGAGAACCUUGAUGGGUCCCAUCAUGGUGUCACACCACAGGGUCUCCCCAGAAAGACUUGGAGGUGGAAGUUGCCAAAGGCAGGGCCAUGGAGAUGAUCUGGGCUGUGCUGGUGGACUCCAACAAGUUCUAAUCUUCUCCUCAGAUUAGGUGGUGGAGAACCUUGAUGGGUCCCAUCAUGGUGUCCCACCCCAGGCUCUCCCCAUGGACCUCCUGGGGCACUGGGUGGGCUCAGCUUGGGGAGGGACAGGGGAUUUUGCUUUUUCCCCUCCCCAGGUAGGGCUGGGAGGUGAGAACUUCCCACCACCACCACCACCACCACCACCACCACCAUGGUCCUUGGAGAGGUUGGCAGCAGCUCUUCACUCCUUGCCCUUGGGCAUUUCCUUCUGAGGCCAGUGCGGAGCCAGGGGUGGCACAGUCGGGGUGGCACAGCCAUGGUGGCACAUCUGGGGUGACACAGCCAUGGUGGCACAACCAGGGGUGGCCCAGGAGCUGCUCCAAGAGGCCAAACCCUGGCACAAAGGGGCUGGGACAACUCCUGGCUGCCUCUCCCACAGCCAGGACCAGCCUGGGAGCUCUGGGGGUGUCACCUGGGGUGGCUUUGGGGGGUGUUGGGUCACCCCCAACGCUGUCACCCAAAGCUCCUCCAGAUGUCUCCAUGCAGGAGCCCCCCGGGCUGUGCCCCCAUGGCUCAGCUGCUUUUUUAGGAAGAAACCAAGUGAAACUGUGAUUAUUUCUGUUCACAACCCCCUCCCUUCCUUCCUCCCCGACUUUAUCCUCCUGUAGAUCACUUAAAACUCAAUUAUUUCAAUUAUUUCUCUGCA